UGAGAGUAAAAGGAUAAUUUUCAUAGAGCCAGCAAUGUCGGCUCCACCGCUCUCUCCGCUUCCCUUCCCGCCAGGGGUUACUUCAAGACAGCUUGACACCAGGCCAAUUGGCCUUUCAUUCCACAUCCUCGAAGCAGGUUAUACACCUGACAGAAAUCGGCCCUUAAUAGUGCUCCUACACGGCUUCCCAGAGAUAGCAUUUUCAUGGCGGAAAGUGAUGCCACUGCUCGCCAACGCAGGCUGCUAUGUCGUUGCUCCCGAUCAACGCGGCUAUGGCCGUGCAACCGGCUGGGAUAACCGAGAUUUUGCAAAUGUUGACCUGAACAGUUUUUCAGUAACAAACCUGAUCCGCGAUGUUAUUGUCCUUGUUCACGCCCUGGGGUAUCAAAGUGUCAGGUGCUUGGUGGGACAUGACUUUGGCGCAGCAUCAGCUGCAUUCUGCGCUUUGGCUAGGCCUGAUAUCUUCCAGAGCGUAGUCUUGAUGAGCCACCCGUUCAAAAAAGUCCAGAGUCUUCCAAGUUUCCAUACUUCUCCGCAGGUCACAGAAGCGCCUAAGGGCGAACAGCCACCCGCUGCCUCAGAUAUCCAUUCGGAUCUCGCGUCGCUGAGCCGUAAGCAUUACAAAUGGUACUACUCAACGCAACCCGCAAGCUCAGAAAUGACAAACCCACCCAACGGGCUCCACGAAUUCCUCAGGGGAUACUUCCACCUUAAAAGCGCUUCAUGGUCAAAGAAUACCCCCCACCCGCUCACAUCUUGGACUGCUUCCGAACUCGCAAAAAUGCCAAAUUAUUACGUUAUGCCACUUAAUGCUACCAUGCCAGAGGCAAUAGCAGCAGACAUGGCGCAGGAAGAUCCAUCCGCCCUCCAAGACUCUCAAUCCUGGCUGCCAGAUAGCGACUUGGCAGUUUAUGUAUCGGAGCACGGCCGGAACAGUUUCCAGGGCGCACUUAACUGGUACCGAGUGUUCACUAACUCGGAUCCGGCGGCGGCCGGCAUACGUGAUGUUGACCUCUUCGCUGGGAAAUGGAUGGAAUGCCCUAUCGCAUAUAUCUCCGGGCGUCAGGACUGGGGAACGUACCAAGUGCCUGGUGCCGUGGAGGCGAUGAUGACGAAGGACGUUUGCACUGAUUUUCGCGGUAUGACACUUGUGGAUGGUGCGGGGCACUGGAUUCCUCUAGAGAAGCCUGAGGAGGUGGUCAGUGGUAUUUUGGAGAUGAUUCGCUCUUUGGAGUAA